AUGAUUAUUGGGUUAACAUCAGGUUUUGGUGUGCUUAUUGUGGCAUCGGUUGAGGUAAGCCGUCUACUUUACCUUGAUUUUUACUUUAUUGUAUCAUUUCAGAGCCCUCGCUUGGGAGGAGGUAAUUGUGAGUGGAUCUAGUACAGAAAAACUCUAGUGUAUCACUUUAUUAGUUUCUGUACCAUUUUACUAUGUUAUAGCAUGUUUUGUCAUUUCAAAAAUUUUCAGGCAACACAUCUCCCACUACUUCAUAUAAUCGGCUGUGUUAUGGCGUUUUGCGGCGGUAUCUUUUACAUUUGGAUAUUUUUGGUAUUGACGUUGAUCAUAAAGCCUAGCCCUUCAAAAACGCCCAUUUCGAUCACACGAGGAGUCAUCAUUUUCUUUGCAUCGUGCUCAUUUCUAGUCCUAAUCAUUUUUCAAUCGAAUGAAAUUGGAAACAGGACAGCCGAGGUUACACUGAAAAAAGAAGGCGGCAGCUAUGUUUUGAGAGCACCUUGGGAGGUGGGUUUUUUAUAGUGUUACCUCGGUAGCUAGAACAAAGCCGUUUACAAAAUGACCUUACGCUUUUAAGAACAGUACUAAUGACGGGAUAAAAAUGGUGCCAUUAUAGGAAUGGUACCUCCUAACAACACAUUGUCAAUGGGUUCUGGCCUUGUCCUUUCUUUUUCUGAUCUUAACAAUCAGUUUCGAGUUAGGCCCUUUUGAACUUCAUGACCAUAAAUUGCACAAAACGAUCGACGCAUUAUGUCUAGAGGAAGAACAACAACAAGCGACCGAAAAUGCCAAUGCAAAAAAUGCUAACCCAACUGGUAACAAUAUAAACCCGGCUGGAAUAAACGCCCCAGUAAAUGAAGGCGGUGACGUCUCAUCGGCAAGUGGAGUCCAGUUUUCGACUCCAAAUGCAACUCCAGUAUCAACACCAGUAGGAACCUUAUCAGCCGAACCAAGUCAACUUUCAACUCCAGUUGUGACCUCAGCAUCAACUCCAGGAGCCUUUUCAGCUGAACCUAGUCAAUUUUCAACUCUAGUUGUGUCUCCAGCAUCAACUCCAAAAACUUUAUCAGCCGAGCCAAGUUUCAUUGUGAUACCAACCGAAAAUUCGAAUCAAGCCGCUUUGAUCAACCGCCCAAUGACAGCAGAAUCGUUGGAUGAAUUACGAAGUGAAAGACAAAACCCAACCGGUUCGAGAAGAGUUCUAUCACCAAGUCAUGUCAGAAACCCGUCGCCCAAUAGUACUGCCAGUUCAUGCAGCAACACACCAACCACUCGACCAAUGACAGCAGAAUCAUUGGAUGAAGUACGAAGUGAAAGGCAAAACUCGACCGGUUCGAGAAGAGUACCAUCGCCUAAUAAUGUCAGAAAUCCGUCGCCCAAUAGUACUGCCAGUUCAUACAGCAACACGCCAACCAGUCGAUCAGUCGGAUCUCAAACUCCACAGAGAAAUUUGUAA